GCUCUGUGUAAUGACACCUUUAAACUUUUACAACUGGGGUUCUCAGAGAUGUCACAACGAAGAAGAUUGUCACUUAGACCAGAGCUGUCUAAUGAGUACAAGGCAUUAUGUGCAUCAGGAAUUCCUAUGACAAAUUAUUUGUUUGGGGAUGACCUGGAAAAACAAAUAAAAGAAAUAACUGAUGCCAAAAAAGUCAGCAGGAAAAUCACAGACAAGCACAAUCAGUCACAACGAUAUUCUCCCAUGUAUUCAAAUAUCAGGAAUCGUUACUCACAGAACAGGCAGAACAGCUAUAAGUAUGCAUCUUACGGACGACAUGCGAUGAACAAUAACAGGAACGAUGCCAACAAGAGUCCUUUUUUAGAGAAGCGCCAGUCCCAAAAAUUUCAACGGAACAAAAAAGACUAGAACAGAACCCUAUAACUCUUGUUGGGGAGAGUCAUUCAAAAGAUAAAGACAAAUAGAUGCAAAGCAGUUCUGGUGGCGCCUCUUUGGACAACUCAGCAUUGGUUCACAAAAUUACUCCGAUUACUGGUGGAACCACCUAUUCUGAUACCCAAGCGACAUCAUCUAUUAACUCUUCCAAUGUCGCCUACCGAGAAGCACCCUCUGUCAAAAAUGAGACUAUUUGCAUGCAAAAUAUCAGGGAGAACCUCAGACAGCAAAACAUAUCGGAAGACAUUGCAGACAUUUUAUUGUCAUCCUGGAGAAAAUCCACACAACAGCAAUAUCGGACGUAUUUCCACAAAUGGAUGCUAUUUUGUGAGCGAAAAUCUAUUAGUCCAUUUCAAGCAUCUGUAAAUCCUGUUUUAGAGUUCCUAUUAGAAUUGUACAAAAGUGGAUUAGGUUAUAGUGCUGUGAACACAGCAAAAUCAUGUAAUUUUUCGAUUUUUGACAUUAUUAAUCCUGAAACUAGUCUUGGUAGCAGUAGUUUGAUUGAGAGAUUUAUGAGAGGCAUAUUUAACAGAAGACCAUCUUUACCUAGAUAUACAUGUACAUGGGAUGUUUCUGUAGUUUUAGAAUAUUUGAAAACUCUUAUUCCUGUAAAUACUAUUAGUCUUAGAUUUUUGAGUUGGAAGCUAGCUAUGUUGAUUGCUUUAUUGACAGGACAAAGAUGUCAGUCUUUACAUCUGAUAGAUAUUAGAAAUAUAUUGAUAAACAAUGAUUUUGUAAAAAUUCAUUUCGGUGACUUGUUAAAACAAUCCAAACCUGGCAAUCAUUUACAACCUAUUGAACUAGUGCGCUUCAAACAAGAUGAACGCUUAUGUGUUGUGAAAACAAACCUUACAAGAAUACAUAGGACGUACACAAUCCUUGCGUGGCGAAGAAACACAGCUGUUCAUUAGCACCAUGGCACCUCAUCAAAAGGUCUCCAAACACACAAUUAGCAAUUGGAUAAGGACUGUCUUAGAAAAUUCUGGUAUUAAUGUAAAAAUGUUUAAGGUUCAAAGUACAAGAACAGCAUCGAUGAGUGCUGCAAAAUCCGCAAAUGUACCAAUUACGACCAUUUUGAAUGUAGCGGGUUGGAAAUCAGAUUGUACAUUUCGAAAGUUUUAUAAUAAACCAUGUAGUGAGGAAAAAGUGAAUAUAGGAAGUACUAUUUUACAAACAUACUCAUAGUUAUAAAAUCAAAAUGUGUUGCUUUUGUUUAGA